CACGCACUGGCGCACGCGCACGGCGGGGCGCGGCAAGGCCCGUGGCACGCGGGGCCGACCCGCCGGCCCGGCGUCAGGCCAUGGGGAGGAUCUCAUUUGUGAGGGCUCUGUGAGAGGCAUCUGCAGGGAGAGAAUACCCUUUUGGACAUCCUGGUUGGGGCAGAGCUGACGCUGUGGGCUUCUAGGCAAGACGGGUUUUACUCAGAAGAGCACGAACACCACUGAGAAAAAGCAAUGGAGCGCCUGGCCUCCUUCAGUAGUGACCCUUUCGAUAAGCCUCCAUGCCGAGGUUGCUCUUCAUACCUCACAGAGCCCUACGUUAAGUGUGCUGAGUGUGGGCCUCCUCCCUUCCUCCUGUGUUUGCAGUGUUUCACACGAGGAUUUGAAUACAAGAAACAUCAAAGCGAUCACACUUAUGAGAUAAUGACUUCUGAUUUUCCUGUCUUGGAUCCUAACUGGACAGCUCAAGAAGAAAUGUCUCUCCUAGAAGCUGUGAUGGACUGUGGAUUUGGAAACUGGCAGGACGUAGCCAACCAGAUGUGUACCAAAUCCAAGGAAGAGUGCGAGAAACAUUAUAUGAAACACUUUAUCAACAAUCCCUUGUUUGCAUCUACAUUACUGAACCUGAAGCAGGUGGAGGAGGCACAGCACAACGAAACAGCUAUUCCUUUCCACUCUGCUGAUGAUCCCCCACGGCCUACUUUUGAUUCCUUGCUCUCCAGGGAUAUGGCUGGGUACAUGCCAGCAAGAGCUGACUUUGUUGAGGAGUUUGACAACUAUGCUGAAUGGGAUUUGAGAGAUAUUGAUUUUGUAGAAGAUGAUUCAGAUAUUCUGCAUGCCCUGAAGAUUGCAGUUGUAGAUAUCUACCACUCCAGGUUAAAGGAAAGACAGAGAAGAAAAAAAAUUAUAAGAGACCACGGCCUGAUCAACCUCAGAAAGUUUCAGAUUUUGGAAAGGCGAUACCCAAAGGAAGUUCAAGACCUCUAUGAAACAAUGAGACGAUUUGCCCGCAUUCUUGGGCCAGUGGAGCAUGACAAGUUCAUUGAAAGCCAUGCAUUGGAAUUCGAGCUGCGGAGGGAAAUCAAGCGACUACAGGAAUACAGAGCAGCAGGAAUCACCAACUUCUGUAGCGCCAGAACCUACGAUCACCUGAAGAAGACGCGGGACGAGGAGCGGCUGAAGCGCACGAUGCUGUCUGAGGUGCUGCAGUACAUCCAGGACAGCAGCGCCUGCCAGCAGUGGCUCAGCCGACAAGCUGACAUUGAUUCUGGCCUGAGUCCCACGGUACCAGUUCCUUCCAAUUCAGGCAGACGAAGUGCCCCACCACUGAACCUCACAGGCCUCCCAGGCACCGAGAAACUUAAUGAGAAGGAGAAAGAGCUCUGUCAGAUGGUGAGGUUGGUCCCUGGAGCCUAUUUAGAAUAUAAAGCUGCUUUAGUGAACGAGUGCAACAAACAAGGAGGCCUGAGACUGGCACAGGCUAGAGCACUCAUCAAGAUCGAUGUGAACAAAACCAGGAAAAUCUAUGACUUCCUUAUCAGAGAAGGGUACAUCACCAAAGCCUGACAGGCAGCGGCGCUCCGGCGGGAGCAGCCAGGUGUGGAGAUGCUUUGAAGUCACUUUGGCAGCGCUGGAAGGUUUUGACAGUGUUGAAUGAAGGACAUUUCCUUUUGUUUAAAAUCUUUUGGGGCUUUUUUGGUUUUUGUAAAAACAAGUUGGGAACUUUGUUACAUGGUAUGAAUGCUGACAUUUGUCUGUCUGGUCUCCUGUGGACUCUGUUGUUAGAACGGCACAGCCACGGAGCGCUGGGAAGAAUCAUCUGCCACAUAAGCUGAUCUUAACUGUGAACAGGCAUUCGGUUCUAACACCUCCAGGAACUAAAGAGAGCCACGGUACUUUAAUGCUGACAGUGACACAGAAUAAGGACAGAAGAGCAGCACGUAACGAGAAUCACACUUUGACUUUGUGCGAGUGCAGGGGCAGAGAAAUGCAGUCCCCUCCCUUCUUGUACUCCUUCCUAAAACAGUGGCAGCUUUCAAAGGAGAUAGCACAUGCCUGAGGGGAUAAAAAUAGAGCUUGCAGUGGUCCAGUCUUUUUAACUUAAUUGUGAUAAAGGAUGGGAGAGGACAUUGCAGGCAAGCUCCUCAACAGUUGUUACUUCUAUAUGAUAUUAGCACAUAUCACAGCGUGAGAGCACUGCACAAGCCAAUGAGCCUCAUCUGCUCACUGCCUGAUUUGCCAUUGUCAAGUUCUAUCUAAUCCCUCAGUUCAAGUCCUCGCUGCUCCAGCCCGUUGGAAAGGCUGGAUGUUACACCCAGAGCAGCCUUUGGGAACAUAAACACAGACACUCAGUACUCUGAUGUUCUAUCACCCAAGAUAAGGAGCGAAGAGCAUGACAAAGUGCCCAGAGCAGCCUCCUUGGCUGCCCUCCUGCUCACAGCCUCCUGCUCACAGCCUCCUGCAGCGACAGCCAGUGACCAACAGAGCAAUGAUGAGGUGCCACAAGUUACCACAUGCUCCCCCCAACCUGCCACAUCAGAUGAUCUGUUUGUACGACUUCAGCACAAAACGUUUGGAUUUGACAACACAGUUGGAUGCUGAAAGAUGGUUCUUUUCAGGUGCAGCUUGGGGUAGUUUACUGAAGGGUAAAGUCAUUGUCAAACAGCUUCCAUUACUGACAGAUAACACUGAAAUAAUGUCCCACGGGUCACCUGACAGCCAGAGCAGGUGUGACGUUGGGUGCUCCCAAGUUUGGGAUCUCAUAUGGAAAAGCCUGAGCUACAACUAACUGACACCUAUUUAAGGUGUGUAGGUUUGGGGUCUGGUCUUUUUUCUUCCCAAGAGUAAGUAUCCUGUGAUGCUGAGGUACCAUUGAAUGUGAAGUAUUUUGGUUCGUAAUAAAAUCAAAAUGACUUAAUCUUAUACCUACAUUACUGGACAAGGAGUCAGACUGUAAAGGUCAUGCAGCUGCCUGUAUCAAUAUCCAUCAGCAUCUCUCCAUGAGGGAGGAGGUGAAGGUGCAACAGCAGCCGUGGGGAUGUCACCACUGAAUUACCUGGGAAAUACUCCUGUCUCAAGAAAAGCAGCAACACACUACAUGUUGAAGAUAAAUGUCUGUAGGAAUUGAGACUGUAUAGACUGGGAAUGCCAAG